AUGGCGGGGCGGCGGCGGCGAGCGCUGCUGCUGCGCUGGCUCCUGCUGGGGCUACUGGGAGGAGGCGGUGGUGGUCAGCCCGGCGGCGGCGAGUAUUGCCACGGCUGGGUGGACGGGCAGGGAGGUUACCACGAAGGCUUCCAGUGCCCCGAGGGCUUCGACACGGCGGCCGCCACCAUCUGCUGCGGCUCCUGCGCCCUGCGCUACUGCUGCGCCGCCGCCGAGGCCCGCCUGGAGCAGGGCGGCUGCACCAACGACCGGGAGCCCCCGGACCCGGGAGUCACCGCCCAACCGAUCUACGUCCCGUUCCUCAUUGUCGGAUCAAUAUUUAUCGCCUUCAUUAUCGUGGGCUCUCUGGUGGCCGUUUAUUGCUGCACGUGCCUAAGACCCAAACAACCCUCGCAGCCGAUACGGUUUUCUCUGCGGAGCUACCAGACCGAGACUCUCCCCAUGAUCCUGGCCUCCACGAGCUUCAGGACGCCGUCGAGGCAGUCCAGUACGGCCACCAGCUCCAGCUCCACCGGCGGCUCCGUUCGCAGGUUCUCCUUUCCCCGGGCAGAGCCAGGCUGCCUGGUGGCAUCCCCACCUCCUCCAUACACCUCUGGCUGCUUCCAGGCAGCCCACCCCGUCCACCUCACCCAGCCCUCGGGAUUUCUGGUGUCGCCGCCGUACUUUGGGUAUCCCCUCCAGCCAGAGCCCGCCCUGGCUGGGAAAAGCUGCUCUGAUUUUAGUCAGAGCUGAAAGGAAGGAACGGCGCUUUGGGAGGCUGCUGCUGGGUGUCCCCCCCGACACGCUGUGGGGCUGCAGAAGUCAGAACCGUUCCCGGGGGUGAGUUGCCCUUGAAAAAGCGCAAGGUCUCGUUUGGGGAUCUCGUUCCCCAAACUUGGAUCACACUUAGGAAUGAAUUGUUAAACGUUCCAAACUUAGUUGCUCUAAAAAAGUGACUGCUCUUGUGGUUCGGUCUAAUUCGAGCAGAACGUGUUCGGUCUAAUUUGCGCAGAACGUGUUCGGAGACGAGUAGAAAAACUGUUUUGGGAUAAAAUUACUCAUUUCGCGGCGUUACAAGUGUCAUUUUAACCCUAAGUGCUAUUAACUUAGUUAACAAAUGGUGGCUGCGUCCCACUGAUAAUAAUCAGCCUAGUUCUAUAAAGCAGCAAUAAGCCUGAGAAGUAAAAGAGGAACUAAACUAAAGAGAAGAGUUUGUGGAUCCCAGCAACAGCUGGCUGCUUCCCACUUCCCUGAGCAAUGGAAAUAAGAGGAAGCAUUUUACCAUAGAUAUCAAAUUAUGUGGGGUUUUUAAAGUACACAUAAUAUACCUGAACUUACGCUGCAUAUUUCUAUUAGUAAACUUUAACUACGAUAGAUAAAACUAAGUACAAAUUAUGCUAGUUGAAAACAUGCCAAUCCCAAGCAGCCAAAUCAUUAUCUAUGAGAAAAGCAGAAUGUAUUCAGCAAUAUCACUAAUGAUUUCUCCGCAUAAAAUUCUAAAACUGGCCUUAUAUUAAAGCAUAUUUCAGAAGGAAGUAUUUAUUGUUGGCUUUUUGCUCAGCAACGUCUAAGUUGGACAAACCGAUGGUAAAGUUCUAUUUGUAAAAUUAGCCAUGUAUAAAAUGUAAAGACAAGCUUGUAAUUUAAAAUGUAUUUACAGCAUUGACAAGACUAAUUAUUUAGUAGUCACACACACACAAAAAUAUCAAUAAACUGUGUGUUUGAAA